CCGGAUGUCUGCGGUGCUAAGAGGAAAAUUUGUUUUCUGCUUCUCAUUCUUGACAGCUUGUUUGCCACUGGGGCUGCCGAUGAAGGUAAAUGUAUCGAAGUAGACUUCCAACUCAGCAUUUCGACUGUACCUAAAACUGACUGGGAUGGUAUCAUGGAGAGAGACAAUCAUCAAGAAGGAGAGGCACAUGGAGUAAAGAUUUGUGAUCCACCCUCUGUGAACAAUCCACCUGGUGAUAACUUGGCUACUUCCCUCUCCCUCUUGGGAAAUCACAUGUUUCCUGAUGUGGUGGGGAGAAACAACAGUACCAGUACUACCAAAGAGGAGACUGCAGAUUCACUGUCUUCAGAUGUUUCAGCAGAGUGCCAGAGUCUGGAUGCGGAGCACCAGAGUCUGGGUGUGGAGCGCCAGAGUCUGGAUGCAGAGCGCCAGAGUCUGGAUGCAGAGCGCCAGAGUCUGGAUGCAGAGCGCCAGAGUCUGGAUGCAGAGCCCCAUUCUGAUCAGGUAACAGAGCUGGAGACUGAGGACGCGGAAAACUCUGAGAACCACAACAAUAUGUCAACCCAGCAGUCUGAUGGAGGAAGCGAGGGAGCUGCUAAUGACAAUGAACAGAGCGACUCUGGGGAGUUUGUUGUUACAAUGCUGGCCAAGGCCAAGCUGGAGGAGCAAGGUAUAGGUGUGAAAGGAAGGUCAUCUCCUUUGUUGGAGGCAGGUACCCAAGAAUCCCCUAACUUCCUGUCUCACCGUGACGAGGAUGUGACAGCUGAGAGCUGGCGGCAGCAUAGGAAGCAUGUUUUUGUGCUAAGUGAAGCAGGGAAACCAAUCUAUUCACGAUACGGUAGUGAAGAGGCCCUUUCAUCGACCAUGGGAGUCAUGAUGGCGCUGGUGUCAUUUGUUCAGAGUGGAGAUAAUAUCAUCCGCUCAGUUUAUUCAGAGGAGCACACUGUGGUCUUCUUACAGAAGGGGCCCCUGGUGCUGGUGUGUGUCUCCAGCAGUCGUCAGUCUGAGCGGCAGCUGCGUGGAGAACUCCUUUAUGUUUACUAUCAGAUCAUAAGCAUGCUAACACAGGCAAGUAUAUCCCGCAUCUUUGAACACAAGAAAAACUAUGACCUGAGGAGACUCCUUGCGGGAUCAGAGAAGAUCCUUGAUGGCCUCCUCAACCUUGUGGAUUCUGACCCAAGCUUCCUGCUUGCAGCCGUGCACUGCCUGCCUUUAGCAUCCUCUCUCAGGGACUCUCUCAGCCAGAUUCUGCAGAAAGCCAUCACACCUAAUCUGGUUUUCUCCAUCCUCAUCGCUAAGAACCAGCUGCUCACUAUCGUCCAGGAAAAGACAGUGAUUGAGGACAGUAGGCUGGAGCCCGCGGACGUCCACCUCCUGCUCAACCUCAUCGGGGCCUCCUCUGCCUUUCAGGCUGGGGAGAUCUGGACUCCAAUCUGCCUCCCCCUUUUUAACCCGGACUGUUACUUUUACGCAUACAUUUCUUACCUGGACCCUCCAGAAUGCACUGUUUGUUUGCUGCUGCUCUCGACAGACAAGGAAGCUUUCUACGCCGUGGCUGACUGUAAGAGGAAGAUAGAGGAGGCCAUGGUGGCUCAGAACUCCCUGAGCCUCAUCGCCAAAGUGCAGUCGUACAGCGUGAGCCAGGUGGGCGUUUCAGACCUCAGACACUUCAUGUACAAACCCUUUGAUGUGCCAGACACCUACCGCCAGCUCACGCAGUUCACCAGCCCAGAGAUGGAGGCGCCCUACAGCAGUGAAGGGGAGAAAAUGAGACUUCUAGACCUCUAUCGGUACAUGCACAGCCGCAUCCACAGCACCUCACGACCCCUCAAGCUGAUCUACCACGUCGCUGAGAGGGAAACCCUGCUAGCAUGGGUCACGAGUAAAUUUGAGCUGUACACCUGCUUCAGUCCUCUGGUGACAAAGGCCUGUGCCAUCACAGCUAUCACAAAGCUUCUGAGGUGGAUAAAAAAGGAGGAGGACCGUCUCUUCAUCAGAUACCCCCCAAAGUAUUCAACCACCCCGAACCCCAGCAAGAGCUCUCGAGGGGGCAAAUCUGACCAGCAAGACACCACAGAUAACGGCUUCUUAUCUCUUCUAUAGGACUCUAAGUGCUGCUCUAGCUGCUCUGCCUCAGUCAACAAUAGUUUGUACACUGGUUCUGAGAUAUUUUUGAACCCUCUUUUGACACUAGUUGGACUUGACAGACAUUGACUACGAGGACUAAACACUACGUUUUUCACUAUUUAAGAAGGAGUGAUCUCAUUUAAGCUAGUAUUAUUUCUUUCCUUAAAUAAGAAAGUAAGUAUGUUGUUGCAUCACUGCUUUCAGUCUGAAAGAGUCAGGGCAAAAAAGAAACAUCAUUAGUGUGUUUUAUUAAGAUGAACUGUGGUAGGAAAUAAUUGCAAUGAUAUUUAAAUGUUUUUAUAUUGUUUUAUUACUGCAACAAAAGAGAAAUUUCCCUCGCGGACGGUGAAUGUAUCAAACAGGUGACAGUUCAUUCAUAGGCUAGAACUACUCUUUCUGGUGUAAGUUAAGAUGAAGGGUUAGAUAAACUUUCUCAGAUUAGUUUUUUUAAAGACAAAAAAAAUAUCAACAUGUUACACAACAGGAUAUGCAAGAAACAAAAAUAUGGUGCGUUUAAGGCUCAAGAAAAACUGGAAUAUCAACAACUGGAACUGGCAUGACUGGGAUGGGCUGCUAUGUGUCAUACAGAGCCAUAAACAAACACAUCGCCCUGUAUGAAUGUGCUGGCACUUCCCUGUUACAGAACUUGAACACAUGCUGUUGCUUCAUAUCCAACUGAUGUUUCCACUCUUUUUAAUGGUCAGGUUUCAUUCAUGUUACAUUUUGUGCAGAAAACAAGUAGGAAAUCCCAGCUGGUUGCACCUGAUCACUUUUCAUAAUCAUCAUUGUCAUCAUUAGUGUCUCUGUUCUAGAAGUCAAACCAUGCUAGUGUGAACAUCUUUUAAAUUUAGAAAAAACAGACUGAGAUCAUGCAGUGUUUUUUUCUGUCACUUAAUGUUGUGACUUCAGGCAACUUUUCGUUUUGGAUAAUAGUUUUGUAAAGAUGGUCUAUAAACGGUAGCCUCCUCCUGGUGUCCUCGGAGGAAUUUCUUGUCAAUUCAAGUCUUAAGAGUAUGUCUAUAGUAUUAUAAAAUAAAUCCCAGGUUGCACAAAGA